AUGUCUGACGCAGGUCAACAAUCACCCAAUGGGGCCGGCGAUAUACCUGCAACGCCAGCGAAUAAUGAACACCUCAACAUCAAAGUUACAGAUGGAAAUAAUGAAGUGUUUUUCAAAAUCAAGCGGAGCACCAAAUUGGAGAAACUCAUGAAAGCCUUCUGCGAAAGGCAAGGCAAAGACCCACGCACAGCCAGGUUUCUGUUCGAGGGUAGUCGAGUGCAGGCAACAGACACUCCAGAGCAACUCGAAAUGGCAGAUGGCGAUUCCAUCGAGGUACAUCAAGAACAGAUUGGUGGUCGGGCUUAA